CAUGGUUUCUUAAGGGGUAAAUCUACGGUAACUCAACUACUCCACGUCUACCAAGAAAUCCUAGAUCACUUAGCUGGUGGGAAAGAAGUUGAUACAAUCCACCUAGACCUGUCCAAGGCCUUUGAUCGUGUUCAACAUCACAUGCUUCUGAACAAGCUUGAGCAAUAUGGCAUAUCAGGCUCGCUUCUUCAGUGGUUUCGCAGUUACCUAAGUGACAGAUAUCAGCGCGUUGCCUUAGAUGGGACCCUCUCAGACUGGCUCCCCGUGACCUCUGGAGUCCCACAGGGAUCCAUCCUAGGACCCCUCCUGUUCCUAGUAUACAUUAACGACAUGCCAGAAUACGUAGGACAGGGCUCGAGUAUUGCAUUAUUUGCGGAUGACUCUAAACUAUAUAGGCCCAUAAACUCGGCAUCUCACCAUCUGUUGCAAUCGGACCUUUCAGGCCUUCUUUAUUGGAGUAAUGACUGGGGCAUGACGUUCAACCCAUCCAAGUGCAAAGUGAUGCACAUGUCUCGGAAAAAGGUCUGCUCCUCUGCUUCACUCCAAUACCACCUGAACGACAAGCCCCUGGAAAGUGUGACACACAUCUCUGACCUGGGUGUCAUCGUAUCCAAAGACCUCUCCUGGGCUAAUCAUAUUGAAGACAUAUGCACCAAGGCCAAUAAAACCCUUGGUCUAAUUAAGCGGGUGUGUGCUAGAGACGUUGUGGAUGCUAAUACGCGGAAGCUUCUCUAUUGUGCUGUUGUACGACCUAAGCUUGAGUACGCGUCGUGUGUGUGGUCACCUUACUCGGCUAAACAACGUAAAUUAAUAGAGAACGUUCAACGCAGAGCAACGAAAUUCAUUCUGAACUACCCUUCUCGUGAUGUUACCUACAGAGACAGACUAAUAUCCCUAAACUUUCUCCCACUUGAACACAGGCGUGAACUUUAUGACCUAACACUAUUAUACAAAAUCAAAUACAACCUUAUUAAUGUCACCUUUAACCAAUACCUUACACCUGCAACUAACCCCUAUGCCACACGCAACUUCGACCCUAACAACUAUAACAUAAUCGUCUCCAAUAAUCAAGAAUUCUUCCGACAAUCCUAUUUCCCACGCACUGUCAUUCUCUGGAACAAUCUACCACCGAACAUCAAAGCCGCCCAUUCCCUACAGAUCUUCAAGCACCAUCUACAAUCUUAUUACAAAGCCAAACUGUUUACCUACAUACCACCAUAGUUAAUCUUGUUCUAUAAUUCGUUGUACAGUAUCCUAUAUGUUAAGUUCCAUGUAAUCUGUGAUAUGUUCGUGCAUAAUUGUCCUAGUACGUCUCGUUAUCCAUUAAUUGUUAAGGGGUCGAAUAUCAAUUGGAAUUUAGUUUCUGUUUUCUUCUCCUGUCGCAGCAUUCUCUAGUUAUUGUUAUUGUUAUCUCUACGUAAAUGUAUAUCUUUAAUGUGUGUGACAAAAUGAAUAAAUAAAUAAAUAAAUAAAUAAAUAAAACAGUGUUCCAUAUUAGGUAAAACAAACGCUUUGUACAAACUUGUUAUAAUAUUUAUCGGAACCAUUCUCUUAAGGCGUCGUAGGGCAGCAAUCUCGUCAAUAUGCUGCUUGAAAUCUAAAUUUCUGUCCAGUGUCACUCCAAGUGUUCUCAAAGAUUCGUGAAUUUCUAAUGGCUGGUUGUCAAUUUUAAGGUUGUACGAAUAGUCAGAUUUCCCUAAGAUCAUUGCUUUUGUUUUGCCAUUGUUGAUUUGCAAGAAGUUUUCUUUGAACCAAUAGGAUAAUUUCUGUAGAUCACGGUUAAGCGAGUACUCUAAUAUGGCAGGACAUGUAUCAGAUGAGUACUGGGUGGUGUCAUCUGCAUAAAGACGGAGUGAUGUGUCGUCGACAUACCAGUUAAGAUCACUGAUGAAAACAUUAAAUAGUAAGGGUCCCAGUAAGCUCCCUUGAGGGACACCACAUUUUAAGGUCAGCCAAUCUGAGAAGACUCUAUUACAUUUCACCCUCUGGCUUCGUUUAAAUAAAUAAGAUUUCAUUAACAUCAACGUAUUGUCCUGCAAACCGUAAGCCUUUAGCUUUGCAAUCAACAACUUGUGGCAUAUGGAGUCAAAUGCUUUCCACAAAUCGAUUGCCACAACACCCACAUCCUUCUUUUGAUCAAGAGCUUUUCUAAAGUCGCCUGUCAGCUUAAUAAGUGCCGUUGCACGCGAAUGACCACGAAGAAAACACGACAUGUUAUUUGAAAAGAUUGGAGAGAAAUGUUUGUAUAACUGAUCGGAUUUAAUUUUCCCAAAAAGCUUUGGAAUGCAUGAUACGAUGGUGAUCGAUCUAUAAUUUGUUUUAAUGACAACGUCAUCUUUUUUGUGAACAGGGGUGACAUUUCCUUGUUUCCAUGCAUUCGGCCAGGUACUUUUAUCAAUACAAUAACUAAAUAAAUUAGUGAGUGGCAAGGCAAUUGCAGGAGCUGAGGCUUUAAGUAACUCUGGUUGAUAACCGUCAGGCCCACUAGCUUUCUUUUCAUUUAAGUUUAACAAAAGGUUGCUAACGAGCUCCAUGUUAAUUUGCUGGAAUGAGAAAUACAAAUCAUGACAUUAUUCCUUGAUUGCCCGUGUUGUUCAGUCAAGUUUAAGAUUGUUUCUUCAACAGACGGGGUCGUAAAAUAGUUAUUGAAUACUGAGCUAGGAUCUGUAAUCAUUAACACAUUUUCAAUAAGUUUAUUGUCGAUCCGUCAUUAUUAGAUUUAUUGGUUGGUAAAAGUGGUUUCAUUUUUUUCCAAAAUAAACCAGUUGACGAGUUCGGCGUUGAAGUUGCUUCUAAACAAAAUUGCUUGACUGCUUUUCUUUUCAUGUUUGUGACCAAAUUACGCUGGGUUUUAUACUUAACCCAGUUUUCUUCUGAGGAGAUUUUUCUAAACUUCCAAUAUAAACUGUUUCUUAGUCGAAUUUGGUUUUGGAUAUCUGCAUUAAUCCAGGGUAAUUCAUUACUUCUCAGUCGGACCUGCUUCACAGGAGCAUGAUUGUCAAGCACUUGCUUAAACAAUGAUGACCAGUGAAGCCAAACAUCAUCUACAUCAUCAUACACGUAGGAACUGUCCCAUGGUACAUUCUUGAGAUCCGAGAUAAAAGCAGACCGAUCAAAGUUCUUUAAUGACCGAAAUUCAAUUAGCCUUGCUUUAGGUUUUGGUAGAUUUUGUUUCCGAACGAGAUACAGUAGGUCAUGGUCACUUAUGGGUAACUAAGAUAACAUCUAGCAGAUUUUUACUUGUAUUUGUCGCUCUGGUGGGAUUCAGGAUCAUAUUAGUUAAGCAGAAUUGAUCACAAAAAUUUGAAAGUUCCUUACUCGGGCCCAAGGGAUUAUCAUCACCCUGUAACAUAUUCAUGUUAAAAUCGCCCAUAAAUAUAAUUUCCUUUUCGCUUAGCAUACAACCGUUCAGCUGCACUGCUGAGCAAAAGGAGACAAAGUCUAUUAUUUUGCAUUUUCCUGGUGACCGAUAGCAUAUACAGAGUAAAAACCAAUUUCCCCCACCGCCUUUAAUAUCGAUGCAUAUUGCUUCAAUACCCUCUGGGUCAAGUUUAAUUUGACGUCGUGCAGUUACAUUUGAGCGUAUAUAGACAAGUAAGCCACCAGCUCCUUUUUUCUGUCCUGUCUAAUUAUACGAUAGUCUGAAUGC